UACAAAAUUAAUUUAACUUUCACAUAAUAAUAUUUUAUAGUACCGGUAUAUUAUAAAAACAUGAAAUCUAUAUUAUUAUUAGCGUUAAUAUCGAUAGUGAGCGCAGACUUCCCGAUAGAACAGUAUAAAGAUGUGAUAAAUUCGCGAAACUUUACGGGAAAAGUAGUGUUAAUAACGGGUUCGAGUUCGGGAAUCGGUGAGGGAAUCGCCAAACUAUUCUCCAUAUUAGGCGCUAAUGUUGUCGUCACCGGAAGGAAAGCCGCAGACGUCCAGAGAGUGGCCAAAGAAGUGCUGGAAUUAUCACCAAAGAAACUGAAGCCGUUAGAAGUUGUGGGAGAUUUGACUAAAGCGGAGGACGUGACAAAACUGAUGGACAAUACUAUUAAAACAUUUGGCAAAUUAGAUGUAUUGGUCAAUAACGCUGGUAUUUAUCCCGAAUCCACUAUUGAAAUGAAAAACUUAAUGGAAGUCUGGGACCAGACAUUCAAUAUCGACUUAAGAGCAGUCGUACAACUCAUUCAUCAAUCGGUUCCACAUCUGGAGAAAACUAACGGAACUAUUAUUGAUAUCUCGAGUAUCGCAGGCAUAAGACCGGGUGCGUAUGCUCUGGCAUACUGUGCGGCUAAAGCGGGGUUAGAUAUGUUGACUCGAGUACUGGCACUAGAGUUGGGCCCCAAAGGCAUUCGUGUCAAUACUUUGAAGUAA